AUGUCGCGGUUUGCGGUACUAUUUAAAUUUGACAACGAGGAGGAGGCGAUUGCAGCGUUGAGAGAUCUACGAGCCCACCACACGGUUAAGGAGUCAAGAUCGUACGAGAUCACCGAGGUGGUCUCCAAUUAUACUCCAGCGGGAUUGAUGGCAGCAGUGAUGCGCUGCGAGACGACCCAGAGAUACGAGGUGCAACUCGGCAGAAAGAGAAAACCUACAGCGGUCGUAAGUGGCAUUCCAGCUGUGCGUCGGAGAUUUACGCCUCCGCCGGCACCGUUGCCGCUUGCAGCAAACACGUCGUCACCGCUGCCGUUUGCAGCAACCACGCCGUCACCGCUGCCGCUGGAGUCAGUUCCACCGCUGUCGCCGAUGCUGCUAUAUCCACCAGCUCCACUGUCGCCACAGCCAUCAACAUCUUGGCAUACCCCGCCGCCACCACCUCCUCUACCACUCACGCCGCAGCCGUCGCGGCAAACCCCACCGCCACAUAAACCGUCACCAGAAAUUAUCAAUAUAUCCUCUGACAAAGAUAGUCUAGAUGGACUAUUAGCUUAA